CGUAGCACAUAUACAUCCUGAAACUGUAUUCAAAGUCUUGCGAACUGGCAAAUUCUCACACAUCAAAAAGGCCAAUAUCAACAACAUCUCCCACCGCAGGGCGAGAAGAAACAGUUGAGAUGCUAUCACGUGGAGGAUGAGGAGAGCAUGGCGUCACGAAGUCCGUUGCCUCCAACGAUAUCAUCAAUCAUCACCAAACGCUCUUGACACAGCUCUAAGACUCAUCCCUUCAGACUCUCAAAUCCCUACAUGCUACAUAGGCUAGCAAAACUACAACAAAGACUCACCUGGCGCCCUACAAAUACCUUCACCAUGGCGUGGCGUUGCUCCGGAUCUACUAACACCGAGUUGAUCGAGAAUCUAUGCAAGGCCGGACUGAUCAAGAAUGAACGCGUCAAAGAAGCCAUGAUAGGCGUUGACCGCGCUCACUACGCGCCCUCAAGGCCAUACUCGGACUCGCCCCAGUCCAUCGGGCAUGGAGCCACCAUCUCCGCACCACACAUGCACGGCCACGCCUGCGAGUAUCUAAUUGACCACCUCGAACCUGGAUCCCAGGUCCUAGACAUCGGCUCUGGCUCGGGAUACCUUACACACGUCCUAGCGAACCUAGUGACCGGACGGCCCGGCAGCGCCACCCCAGGCCAGGUGAUUGGGAUCGACCACAUCCCCGAACUAGUUGAACUGGCUCGAUCCAACAUGAACAAGUCGGAAGAUGGUCGCCAGCUCCAGCAAUCUGGACAAGUCAAAUUCAUCACGGGAGAUGGACGUCUGGGCUGGAAAGAAAAUGCCCCCUACGAUGCUAUCCAUGUUGGCGCGGCGGCGGAGGAGCUUCACCCAGUGCUGAUUGAGCAGUUGCGGGCCCCCGGACGGCUUUUCAUACCGGUUGAGUCGGAGAAUGAUGGGACUAGCUGGAGUAGCCUGGGUCUUGGUGGUGGCCAGCAUAUUUGGGUGGUGGAUAAAAAGGCAGAUGGAUCGGUUCACAAACAGAAGGUGUUCCAAGUUAGCUACGUGCCGCUGACGGACGCGCCCGGAUCAUGAAGACGAGGCUUGGAGCAGAAGAAAAGUCAGAACGAUGUUCAAUGAGAGCACUUCUCGAUGCGCUACAGGAUGACAUGGAAUUAUCGUACUAGGAUAGUCAAUGACAAGACGAUGCUGCAGCUG